UCCAUAUUUUACAAUAAAUCAAACAACAGGAACAAUUAUACUUCGUAAUAAUAUACCAGGUGUAUUUAGUUUAGAUGUUAAUCAAUUUCCAAUAACAUUUCAAGUUUAUGCACAAGAUCGUGGUUCACCACCACGUGUUAGUGAAGCUAAUGCAACGGUAACAAUUUAUUAUAAUAAUGGUAAUGAUCCACCACCAGCUCGAUGGAGUGAUCCACGUUAUGAAGAAUUAAAUUUUCCAAUUAUUGAAAAAUAUUAUGAAAGAUAUAGUGAUCGACCUAUAUUUAAUGAUACUUAUGGUUUUAAUGGUACUAUUAUUUAUCAAUUAACAUCACAAACAUCAUCUAUUAUGACUGUUAGUAGUCCUUUUCCAAAUACAUAUAUACCAUUUAGUGAUGCACCUGUAUCAAAAAAUGGAAAUAUAUUUAGUAGUGGUAUUGUUGUUACAAGUGGUCUUCAUGCUGAAAUUCAAAGUGUUUAUUUAAUAUAUAUUCGUGUACUUGUUAAUCCUCCAUUAAUUGGUUCAACAACAAUAACAUUAAUUGAUCAAAAUGAUCAAAUACCAACAUUUGAUAUACGUUCAAUUGUAUUAAGUGUUGUUGAAAAUGAAAGUGGAAAUCGUAUUAUUGCACAAAUUCAAGCAUUUGAUCGUGAUGUUGAUUAUCCAAAUAAUUAUGUACAAUAUCGUUUAAAUGGAAAUUUAAGUGAUUCAGAAGUUAAUGGAAAUUUUUUUGUUGCUUCAAAUGGUACAAUAUGGACAAAUGCAACAUUUGAUCGUGAAAGUAAUAAAACACUUUAUCGUUUAUUUAUAACUGCAUAUGAUGGUGCACCAGCAUGGGAUGCAAAAAAUAAUCAACCAAAUACACAAGAUUUUCAAUUUGAUAUACAAGUUAUUGAUGUUAAUGAUGUUCCACCAGUUUUUAUUAAUUCAUCAUCAAUAACAAUAUCAAUAAAUGAAACAACAAUAAAUGGUACAGGAAUUCUUAAUUUAACAAUAACUGAUACAGAUUUUGAUACAAUACUUGAUUUUGGAAUAUUAAGUGGAAAUCUAAAAAAUGUUUUUUCAUUUAAUUUAUUAUCUGAUAAUAUAGCUGAUUCAUCACGUACACAAUAUAUUGCUAUAGGACAACUUUAUGUUGUUGGUCCAUUAAGUUAUGAAAUAACACCUAAUUAUACAUUAGUUUUAUUUGCAUUUGAUACACAAAAUUUAGCAACAAUAACAGUUACAAUUAAUUUAUUACCACAAAAUACUAGAGCACCAUAUUUUAAUUUAAUGCCAGGUUUUACAUCAUAUCAAUAUGAAGUUAAUGAAGGAACAGCAAUUUCUAGACUUGAUGGACCUGUUAUUCGAGCAACUGAUCCUGAUAUUCCCGCUACAUCAAUGGUUUAUAAUAUUGUAACUAAUAAUAAUCAAUUAAAUUUAAAUAGUUUAUAUUUAAAUCAAGCAAAUAAUGAAACAACAAUUGGUAUAUCAUUACCUGGUCUUUCACGUGAUUUACCAUUUGGUUAUUCAACAUAUAAUUUUUCUAUUCGAGCAACAGAUGAAGGUGGUUUAGGUGUAUCAAGUUAUGCACC